AUGAGAUCAUUGUUGGCUGGGUUUGUCUGUCAGUUGACGAUAUUUUGUACGAGCAUUGUGAUGUUGGAAACAGGCCAUGCAAAGACUCAACUUCGACAUGUUAACACCACAGGUUCUGGAAACAAGCAGAUUGAUUUCAAGGAAAAGAAAAUGCACACAAAGAAAAUUGAAAUCAACUCCGGGGAGGCCUGUACCUGGGUUAUAGAACGUCUGGACUGUAGUGGAAAUACUGGUGUUGAAGUGGAUGUAUACUUGAACCUUAUAGAUACGGAUUCUGUAAACGUCUUUAAUGGACCAUCAUCCCGGUAUCCUGUCAUUCCCACGCAAAUCAGCGAUUGGAGCUUUGUAUAUCAUCUACCGUCCUUACGAUCAACCGAGAGGUUUAUAACUGUAGUCUUCAUGUUUCGACGUCACAAGUACAACCGAGAGUUUCGACUGAGAUACCGUGAUACUCCCGCGGGUCGAUGGCCUUCUUUAACUGAUCACACGGAACAUGAAGCACCAUUAUCUGAUACCUGCGAUGUAGAAACACUAACGGCCUCCCGGAGACCUAAGUUCAUCAACUCCCCCGGAUAUCCAAACGCAUACGACAACUCAUUGAAUUGUAAGUGGAUAGUGGUGUCUGAUGACAUAUGUAAUGAUGACGUCAUACAGGUAACUAUUCACACCUUGUCACUGGAGAGCUACGACCAUCUUAUCAUCUACGAUGGUAAAACAGAGUCUAACACUGAAUUGACCAAGUUAUCCGGACAGGUGCAAGAUGAGGUCAUCAUUGCCUCCGGAACCUUCAUUGUUGUUGGGUUUAAGACAGACGACAUGACUGCAGGACAGGGCUUUAAUUUGUCUUACGUCCGGAUAAAGAGCACUCCGUCCAUCUUGGAUUCUAUUAUCGUCAAUGUUACAGAACGUGUGGCUCAAAUGUCGGUGGAUUUUAUAUCGCAUUCAUUACCUACCGGGGUGUAUUGUAGCAGAGACGGCGUCAUCAUUCAAAGUAACGAAAAUCGUAUAUUCUUCUACACUCGAGCUCAGGUCAAUAUCGACUCAGAAGCUGGCAUUACAGUCGACGGGUUCAGAGCAAGGCUAAGUAUUACUGCACCAGAAUCACGUGACUUCGGCAUGUACAAAGUUGGCGUCAGGAACAAGUAUGGAUUCACUGAGCGGAACAUAUUUAUGUGGAAAGAAAAUUCUGCUCCCAGCAUACAAAGUUACGUCGUGUUUUCUGAAAAUUGUACCAUUGCAGUGACGUUUUCAUCACAUGCAAAAUUCAAGGUUGAAUGGUACAAAGCACAACACUUUCUUAUUUCCGGAAGUCACGUUACUAUAAUCACAGAACGUGCUCUAAGUUUGGAUGAUGGAGGAAAUGAGGCAACAUAUGUAUCAAUGCUAAAUCAUGGGACUCUCACAGAACUUGAUUUUGGAGAAUACACAUGCGUCAUCAAGAACGAUUUCGGAGCAGCUAAGAUCUCUGUUAAUGCAGACUUUCCCGAAACAGAACUUCCAAAAUUAUUGGUACCACCUUCAGAUGUGGCUUUUAAAAAAGGCAGUAUCAUUCUGUCAGUGAAUUUUGAGUCCAAUAUCGCAUAUCCAGCGACAACAUGGUACCGUAACGAUGUCCAGUUAGACAAUUCUGACAAGUACGUUCCGGAACUGACUUGGAAGGGAAUCUCGUCGUCGGAAUGGUUAGCGUACGGAUAUCCAUCUCAAUCGAAUGUGUCAGGAUUACCGAGAAAUCGAAAAAUGUUUAACGAUAGAUACCAGUAUCCAUCUAUUGGUAGCAACAGAACGUUCACUUAUCCUAAUGCCAAUUACUCGGCUCUGUUGGCUAUAUCUGAUGCAUCAGUGGAGGAUCUGGGUAUCUAUCAUGUUGUCCUGAAGAAUGACGCUGGAAUAGCGGACCAUGUUAUCGACCUAACAGCGAUGGAAGUUUUCCCUUUUGCUACCUGUGACCAGGCAGAUACAAUUAGACUCGUGUGCAACGUCACUUCCUGUUCUCCAACUGUCCAAUCUUGGGUCCAUUCCAUCGAUGGAGACGUCAUCAGAAAUCUUCCUGGUGAUCAAGAUGGAACAGUGAAUACACUAACAAUUCCUAUGUGUAUGUACCCGGAUGCAGGUACCUACACGUGUAUAGCUGAAGAAGAAGACACCGGAAAUGACGUAGCAAUUAGAUAUGAAAGAACAACACUUACUGUGAGAGCUACGCCUGUUAUACUGGAACCAACAAUACACUCCAAAAGUGACUUCUUACGUAUAGAUGUACCAUUCUAUUCACAUCUUCCCCAUCAUCGAGUCACGUGGUAUCGAAAUGGUCGCAAGAUUCUUUCAACACUACACGACGUCAUAGAAACACAACCGCUUGAUGUGAAUCUACAAAUGCAUGGCAAGACAUUUGGUCGUUCGGGACACGUGACUUCAAUGAGUGUGUACUUACCAAGCGCGAGGGAUUAUGGGAUAUAUAAGAUAAUAAUCUCUAACGUCAUUGGGAGUUCCGAGCACGUCAUCAAUAUUGAAAAUCCGGUGUAUGCCAAUCCAGUUACUUCUAAUAAUAUCAGCGUCUCAUUUGAUGGAAGUUCUGCAACUCUUAAUGUGACAUUCUCUUCCUAUCAUUUUGACUUCCGUGUCAAAUGGUACUUCCGGAACCAGGAAAUCAUCGAAAGUCAUUCCUUAAGCAAGUAUGUGAUCCAGAAUAACCAACCGACAGACUCCAACCUUGUGGCACAGAAAGAGGACACGGUUUCAUCCAUCUUAAUAAUUAAUUGUAUAUCAGCGGAGGAUUAUGGGAUAUAUGACUUAGUAGUGACAAACAGGGCGGGACAAGCAGUAAUUCCAGUGACGUUUUCUUCCCACGAGCGGAGUCUUCCUUCGGUAUUAGGGCAAUUGACUGCGUAUGUCACAAACAAAACGGGAGAAAUGUCGACUACUUUCUAUUCCUCAUCAGGCUAUCAAAACAUCAGAUGGUUAAAAGAUGACAAGGAAGUAACUAACGACUCGUUGAAAUAUCACAUCGUCAACAAUGACAUUGACAUUGUGGUCUCGUCCAAUGGAGAAGCGGUGGAGAAAACCGGAACCAUAACGAGGCUGAGAGUGACGUCAUUCGAGGACAAGGACUACGGACGCUACACUGUACAGAUUUAUAACGACGUCGGUAUGACUGACAGAUCUGUGACACUGCAUGAAGAAUGUACGUAACUAAUGAAGAUAGAACAUCGCACGCUCGGAUGUUUCUGAUUUUGUUGCAGUGGCUCCUGUUUGUAUCAUUAUGUUGCACAUAAUAUAUAUGUAUAUACACGGUAUUGUAUUGGACAAAAUGUUUACUAAGAUAACGAUGACUACGGACAGUACAACAGGUUUUUUCAGUAUGAUCAGAUUUAACCCAC